CUAAAGGCUAAUUGGCGUGGAUCUCAGGAGAGACGUCCGUCCUGGACUCAAAGACAGCAACGUUCACGGCUUGACACCGGGGAAGGACUCUGGUCAGCCUGAAGUGAAGGGUCACUGAGCUCAGACACACUCCUUCCAUUGACUCACAACUAUACACACAAAGGGGGAAAGUCACACACGCGCGCAGGCACGUCUGCUCAACGCCACAUAUACAUUCACAUUUACCCACACAGACUGCCGGGUGCACACACAUAGACUCGCCCGUGCACAAACACAGACACACAUUCACACACAGGCCCUCUGAGCAGGAUGAGGGAACCCUGGAGGUGCCUGUUGGGCCUGUGCCUCCUGGCGUGCUCAGCCUCCACCCACAGUGCCGCCAAUCCCUUCGUAGGGCAGCAGACCCCUCCAGACCCUUGCUACGAUGACACCGGCGCAGCCCGCCGCUGCAUCCCCGAGUUCAUCAACGCCGCCUUUGGCAAGGAGGUGACAGUGUCCAGCGUCUGCGGCCGGCCUCCGUCCCGCUCCUGCAGCGUGGUGGAGCGGGGCGAUGACCGACCAUCUGUGCGCACGUGCCAAAUCUGCGAUGCAGCUGACCCUCGCCGCGCCCACCCUGCCUCCUACCUCACUGACCUCAACUCGGCCCACAACCUCACCUGCUGGCAGUCGGAGAAUCUGAACACCUCACCGCACAAUGUGACUCUCACCCUUUCGUUAGGUAAAAAGUUUGAGAUCACCUAUGUCAGCCUGCAGUUCUGUUCACCUCGACCUGAGUCCCUGGCCAUAUACAAGAGCAUGGACUACGGCAAGACCUGGAUGCCUUACCAGUUCUACUCCUCACAGUGCCGGCGUAUGUACAAUCGGCCCAACAAAGCAACCAUUACCAAGCAGAACGAACAGGAGGCUCUGUGCACAGAUGGCCACACUGACCUCUACCCGCUCUCUGGAGGACUCAUCGCUUUCAGCACUCUGGAUGGACGGCCCUCUGGCAAAGACUUUGACAACAGCCCGGUCCUCCAAGACUGGGUGACCGUCACCGAUAUCCGCGUGGUCUUCAGCCGGCCCCAGCUACCCCGGGAGCUGGGACUGGGCGCGGGGAGCAACAGCGGAGGGAGGGACGAUGACCCCACGGCAGUGACAUCGACACUGCCAACUUAUUUCUAUGCAGUGGGAGACUUCCAGGUGGGCGGGAGGUGUAAAUGCAACGGACACGGCUCACGCUGUCUGAAAGACAAGGAAGGCAAACUGGUGUGUGACUGCAAGCACAACACAGAGGGACCUGAAUGUGACCGCUGCAAGCCCUUUCACUAUGACCGGCCGUGGCAGAGGGCCAACGCCCGCGAGGCCAACGAGUGCCUGCCAUGUAACUGCAACCUGCACGCCCGUCGCUGUCGAUUCAACAUGGAGUUGUACAAGCUGUCGGGGAGGAAGAGCGGAGGCGUCUGCAUGAACUGCCGCCACAACACUGCGGGCCGCCACUGCCACUACUGCAAGGAGGGCUUCUACAGAGACAUGGCCAGACCAAUCACUCACCGGCGAGCCUGCAAAGCCUGUGACUGCCAUCCUGUCGGUGCAGCAGGCAAGACGUGCAACCAGACCACAGGCCAGUGCCCCUGCAAGGACGGCGUCACCGGCAUUACCUGCAACCGCUGCGCCAAGGGCUACCAGCAGAGCCGCUCCCCUGUGGCCCCCUGCAUCAAAAUCCCAGUGGUGAACCCCACAGCUGUGGUGAGCAGCACGGAGGAGCCAGCAGAUUGUGAGUCCUAUUGUAAACCAGUGAAGGGCAACCUGAAGAUCAACAUGAAGAAAUAUUGCAAGAAGGAUUAUGCUGUCCAGGUGAACGUGCUAGACAUGGAGACAGUGGGGGACUGGGCCAAGUUCUCAGUUAACGUGGUGUCCGUGUAUAAAAGCCGCGGCGAGCCCCUGAAGCGAGGCGACAACAUCCUGUGGGUGCACAUGAAGGACCUGGCCUGCAAAUGUCCCAAGAUCCAGAUGAGCAAGCGGUUCCUGGUGAUGGGCGGCAGCGACGGUGGAACGGGCACAGGGGCGGGUCCAGGAGUCGGGCCUGGGGCCGGAGCCGCCAGUCCGGGGGCCGAGCGCGUGGGCCUAAUGGCCGAUAAGAACAGCCUGGUGAUCCAGUGGAGGGACGUUUGGACGAGACGCCUGCGGAAGUUCCAGCGCAAAGAGAAGAAGGGGAAGUGCAGCAAAGCGUGAUGGGGAAAGGGGGCGUCAUCCCUACCUCUCCCUCCAUCGCCCACCUUCAUGAACCCUUACCCAGCGAUCUCCCCCUCCUCCCCCUGACUCCUUUGUCUUCCCCCAUCACGGGAACACUGCACAUUAGAAAGACUGCAUGUACCCUACCUGUUUUAAGGACCACGGUUUGUGUAUAUUGUAUAAUUAUUUUCCUUUUUAUUUUUCAAGUUGUGAAAAAUAAAAAGGAAAAUAAUAAUAAUAAUCUUUGUUAUGUCAGUUUAUGUCCAAUUGGUUUGCCUUAAAAAGGGACCAUUAAAAAGGGUAUGAAGUGUAGACACAAGCAGACGCCAUUCCCUCCCUCAACGACGACAGCGGAAAUGUCCACUCGUCCCCCAGCUGCACCCCCCUCCCGACCCUCAGCCUCCGCCUCCUCCCGUUAAGACUGACUGUCUCCUGCCACUUUGUUUGACAUAUAAAACUACCAGUGCUCACACUUCACACACGUCUGAGGAUUUUAUUCAAGUGUUUGUCACUCCAGAGACUGACUGAUUUCAGCAACAAGACAAGCUGCUCGUCCUCAGCUUGGCCUCCUCACGUUUCAUUGUUGAAACAAACUCAACUCGGAUCGGCACGAGCUGCGCCACCUGACAACUUAUCAACGUUCGCUGUCCAUAAAAAAAGGGGUCUCCAGGCCUCCGCAGCAACUUCUCCAGACUGUAUCCGUAAAACUCGUGUCCCGUGAGGAACCAAGGGCUCCCUUUGCAGGGACGAUUUCCACAGCAAACCUCACCACCACUGCUGCUGCCACCAGACAGCCCUCACAGAAUAAACUGCUCAUGUAGGCUGUUAUAUCUGCAAGUAUUCGAUGCCACUGCUCAUAGUAGAGUUUAUAUUCUUCAUGUGGCUACGUUUUAUCUCAUCCAUCCAUAUCCCAGCCAUAUCCUUAUUUGAGAUGUACUUUUUUUUUUGUUUCAUUUUAGGCAGAACAAACCCUGUUAGCAUGUGUGAGUCACAUUCCAGGCCUCCGGGGCUGUGCCUCUUCACCACUAGCCCCCCUCUCAUGAGUGGUUUGUAAAGUCAUGCAUCACCAUCAUGACUCAUUGCUGUCACUUUUUCUGGAAGACAGAUUAAGCGGUGUGGACAAAUGGCUGGAAUUUCAGAACAAUACCAAUAUUUCCAAGGAGCCUCUUUGCUUUAUGGAUAAUGUCUUCCGCUGGGUAGUGGCCUUCCAGAUGUUGCUGUGUGGCCGAUGCCAUUUCUUUGUAUUUAAAUGUCUGAACAUUUUCCUGAUGUGUCUAGUGACUGGCAGGCUUUUGUUUGCCAAAAUAAGAGAUUGAAACGAGAGUUCCUUUUCAUGCAGUAAAGAGAAAACAAAGUCGGAUAAACAACAUAGUUGUGUUUUCUCGAGCAUAUUUUGACAAAAUGAAUGAGGCUGGAAAGUUUUUAGUGCUCACUGAUUGUAUUAUGACAUGAGAGGAUCAUAUUUCAUUCCUCAUGUGCUUUGUUAUGUUUGCAUGUUUGUGGUUUUUGCUGGUCCAUCAAAACCCUACAGUGAGCAGAGCAAGACCUAAACCAAUACGAGCAUCAAGAUCCAAAGGAAAACUUCCCGAGUCAUCUUCCCCCACUUGCCCACCCCAACGCAGCCCCUGUCAUCCUCUGCCAAAUAAGCAUAGUCCGUUUUUAAAUUCAAUUAUGAGACGAUGGAAGUCAGGACCAUCGAAAACCACAGAGAGACCCGUCUGGUUGCUCUCAAGCUUUUUAUCUGCCUCUUGCUGUUAUUUCAUUUUGUAAAGCACAUUACAAUUUAUUUAAACAGCGCAAGAUAAACACACCGUUUUGAGGGGCACAUCAAGCUAGCGCAGCAGUGAGUGUGCCGACAGGCAUGUCAUGCUAGCUCGUGGUUACGCUUCUCUGGCUGCGGUGGUAUGUUUGGUUUGUCACUCUUCCAAAAGUGUCUCUCCUCUGCUCUCCUCCCCGUGUCAGCCGCCACUCUCCCCAAACACCCCUUUUAACCCGUUUUGCAUGUUGUGUACUCAGUGUUUUAGAUAAGCGACGGCACAGAGGGAGGCUGCCAGAGCUCCUGCACUGCCGUUCUUGUUUUCGCGUCUUCCGAGAAUGUAUGUGAAACUGUGAAGAACACACUCGCGUGGUCUGAUUGUAAGUGUUCAUGAAAUAAUGUCACCAAGCUUAAGAAUGUGGAUGCCAUGACAGUUGAUGCUCCCAUGAUAAACUAUGAACAGGGUUGGGUGUUGUUCAGAUGAUUGUGGAUCUUCAUGCUGCGCAUCUGUCGGCCUCGUGAUGGCAUUUUGAUUAUCGAAUCCAAAAACAACCCGCAACCAAAAUGAGUUAUCGCCCGCCAUGAUUUCUGGCGUGUGAGAAAGAGAGCAGCACUGCAUCCAGGGCACAAUUCCCACCGGUGGAAUUUCAAAAUUUACAAAAAUGCAGAACCAAACAGUCAAUUAUUUGUGCAUCAGACAGGUGCUGCUACAGUAGCACCGGUCCCCUCGCCUUGGUAUGUGAGUAUGGUGUGACACGUUAUGAUGGAUGGUCAAAUGACGUGCCAGUGAGGCCUCUCUGGCGCUCAACCCCUCCGACACACUCGCGGAGGAACCGCAGUGUCCUUGAAUCUGGGCUUCAGAUUCGGCGAUGUAAGAAUCGCACAGAAUCCCUCUUUUUUUCUGCCUACUGGCUCUCUGAUUCCCUUUUCUUCAGCGCCCACCCUGAAUGUUGGAAUAAAGAUAAGAAGUAAGAGCGAGCCAGAUGUUUGAGGGGUGGAAACGGAGUCUUGUGAAAGCUAUUUAGUGAGCCUCAUAGGGAGAGCCGUCCUGUUGUUUUACGUUAACAAGCCCAGCAGCUUGGCAGCGGAACUGAGGCCAUAACUGCUUUGCUUUGCCCCACCCCCCUUUCCAGUAUUUAUAGCAUUCACAGGUGUGUGUGUGUGUGUAUGAAUGCGUGUGUGUAAUUAACCCUACCCAAGUAAACAAGUGAUGUGCACUUGAACUGAACGUGCAGAGAGGUGAAGAGAGCUCUCAUUUGACGGCAGACUUUUGGGGCGACAAAGGCCCUCAGCCACCGUUGAACGUUUGUCCGACCAGCCCAUGAUGAAGAAUUAUCAUUUCUAUUUUCCUGGUAUGAUUCCCACUUUGUUUCUCUUUCGCUUCCAUCUCGCCGUGUUUAAUAAAUCCUGACACAUUUUUAAUGUUGUAAAUAUGUACUGAACUGCCUCUGCCAUUUAUGUUGUCUUUCGUGAAGCGUCACUUGGCCUGGGAUGACUCACGUGUAUGGAUGUACAAACCAGAUGAUGUUAUAUGGAUGUAGAAACCAGAAACAUAUGCUUUUGUGAUCACGACCAGAAGAUGUGGUUCAGUUAUUACACAGAAUGUAUUCCUUUUGGUUUUAUGUUGUUUCCAGACAACAACCGCCCAAUUGUAAAUGACUUUGAGGGGAAUCGAGUGAAAAUGUGACACGGGCUGAUCGGACCCUCUGCUUUUCCCAUCGAGGCACAGCCGGGAACUGACACCACCACUUUCUGUUACAUUAACGUCCUGGGAAUAAUGUUUCGCUCACGCAAAAACUACCCACCGACCUUCCCUGGGGAGCAAAAGGGAUUCUUCCCUCAGUUCAGUCCUGCUCUUCGCUUCCGUUAUAUCAAAGUCUUCCUUGUACAUUUUCCUCUGAGGCAAU